AUGCACACCAAUAAGAUUUCUGCCCUGCUGGGUGCCAUCGCUGUCAUCGAACAGGCAUCCGCCCUAAGCUUGCACCGACAUGGACACAAGCUGCAGAAGAAGCAGGAUGUCGUCGACUGGAUCACCGUCUUCACGACUGUCUAUGUAACCGAGGGGGCUCCUGCUCCCCAGCCUACGGUCCAGGCCAACGACGGCACCGUCACCUCCCAGCACGUCGUCGUUACCCCCACGCCCAAGAUCGACGCUGCUGCCAACUUCCCGGCUCUUGCCUCCAGCUCUACUGCGGCACCGGCUCCCUCUCCAACCAGCUUGGUCACUCAGGUUAAGCCUGCUUCCAGCCAGGUCAGCCAGGUUAAGCCUGCUGCCAGCUCUGGCAGCGACGGCAACUCUGGUUCCAGCAAGGGAGCCCCUUUCUCUGGCAAGCGUGGUCUUGCUUAUAACGACCCUGCCCUUGCCAACCUUUUCGGAAAGUCCAAGGCCAACGGUGCCAAGGCUGUCUUCUCCUUCAACGAACCCGACAACGCUGGCGAGGCCGCCAUGUCUGCUGCCGACGCUGCCACCUACCACGUAAAGUACAUGAAUCCUUGCGAUGGCAAGGCUCUGGUUGGCGCUCCCGCCAUCACCAACAGCAAUAAACCGGAAGAGGGUAUUCGUUGGCUCAAGAACUUCGUCUCGGAGUGCGAGACCAAGGGUUGCAAAUACGACUUCUGCAACGUCCACUGGUACUCCCCGGUCGAGGAAUUCGACAAGCUGUUCGACCACAUCGAACAAGCUCAUGUAACUUGCGGGGGGAAGCCCAUCUUCUUGACCGAAUUUGCUCCCACCGGCUCCGCCUCCGAGGUCGAUGACUUCAUGAAGAGGGCUAUCCCCAAGCUCGAUUCUCUCGACUACCUCUACGGCUAUUCGUACUUCAUGAUCGAGCCCAACAAACUGCUGUCGUCAACCACGUCUCUCAGCUCCGUCGGCAAGAUCUUCGCCUCAGUUUAG